UCGAGAUUUCUUGUGGGCACAGGCAUCGCAAGUCAUUCAGUCUUAUGGUUCUUCAUUAUCUGCAUAUGGUCUUUUUUUCUUAGGUGCUCAUUUUAUCUGGGCCUUCAGUUUAAUGUUUUUAUUCAGCGGCCGUGGUUAUUGGCAAGAACUCAUUGAAUCUAUCGUUUGGGCUCAUAACAAAUUAAAAGUUGCUCCUGCUACUCAGCCUAGAGCCUUGAGCAUUAUACAAGGACGCGCUGUAGGAGUAACCCAUUACCUUCUGGGUGGAAUUGCCACGACAUGGGCAUUCUUCUUAGCGAGAAUUAUUGCAGUAGGAUAGUGGCUAGGAGGAUUUGAAAGGCAUUAUGGAAUCAAGAUUUCCCAGGUUUAGCCAAGGCUUAGCUCAGGACCCCACUACUCGUCGUAUUUGGUUUGGUAUUGCUACCGCACAUGAUUUCGAAAGUCAUGAUGAUAUUACUGAAGAACGUCUUUAUCAGAACAUUUUUGCUUCUCACUUUGGGCAAUUAGCAAUAAUCUUUCUAUGGACGUCCGGAAAUCUGUUUCAUGUAGCUUGGCAAGGAAAUUUUGAAUCAUGGAUACAGGAUCCUUUACACGUAAGACCUAUUGCUCAUACGAUUUGGGAUCCUCAUUUUGGUCAACCCGCUGUGGAAGCCUUUACUCGAGGAGGUGCUGCUGGUCCAGUGAAUAUUGCUUAUUCUGGAGUUUAUCAGUGGUGGUAUACAAUAGGAUUACGCACCAAUGAGGAUCUUUAUACUGGAGCUCUUUUUCUAUUAUUUCUUUCUAUGCUGUCCUUAAUAACGGGUUGGUUACAUCUACAACCCAAAUGGAAACCAAGCCUUUCGUGGUUCAAAAACGCGGAAUCUCGUCUCAAUCAUCAUUUGUCAGGACUUUUCGGGGUAAGUUCUUUGGCUUGGACAGGACAUUUAGUUCAUGUUGCUAUUCCCGCAUCCAGGGGGGAGUACGUUCGAUGGAAUAAUUUCUUAGAUGUAUUACCCUAUCCCCAGGGGUUGGGACCCCUUUUGACGGGUCAAUGGAAUCUUUAUGCCCAAAACCCUGAUUCGAGUAAUCAUUUAUUUGGUACCGCUCAAGGAGCCGGAACUGCCAUUCUAACUCUUCUUUGCGGAUUCCAUCCACAAACACAAAGUUUGUGGCUGACCGAUAUGGCUCACCAUCAUUUAGCUAUUGCAUUUAUUUUUCUCAUUGCCGGUCACAUGUAUCGAACUAACUUCGGAAUUGGGCACAGUAUUAAAGAUUUUUUAGAAGCGCAUACUCCUCCGGGGGGUCGAUUAGGGCGUGGGCAUAAGGGCCUUUAUGACACAAUCAACAAUUCGAUUCAUUUUCAGUUAGGUCUUGCUCUAGCUUCUUUAGGGGUUAUUACUUCCUUAGUAGCUCAACAUAUGUACUCUUUACCUCCUUAUGCAUUCAUAGCACAAGACUUUACUACUCAAGCUGCUUUAUAUACUCAUCACCAAUAUAUUGCAGGGUUCAUCAUGACAGGGGCUUUUGCUCAUGGAGCUAUUUUUUUCAUUAGGGAUUACAAUCCGGAACAGAAUGAGGAUAAUGUAUUGGCAAGAAUGUUAGACCAUAAAGAAGCUAUCAUAUCUCAUUUAAGUUGGGCUAGCCUCUUUCUAGGAUUCCAUACCUUGGGCCUUUAUGUUCAUAACGACGUCAUGCUUGCUUUUGGUACUCCAGAAAAGCAUAUCUUGAUCGAACCUAUAUUUGCCCAAUGGAUACAAUCUGCUCAUGGCAAGACGACAUAUGGGUUCGAUAUACUCUUAUCUUCAACGAAUGGCCCCGCUUUCAAUGCGGGUCGAAGCCUAUGGUUGCCCGGAUGGUUGAAUGCUGUUAAUGAGAAUAGUAAUUCGCUUUUCUUAACAAUAGGACCUGGGGAUUUCUUGGUUCAUCAUGCUAUUGCUCUAGGUUUGCAUACAACUACAUUGAUUUUAGUAAAGGGCGCUUUAGAUGCACGCGGUUCCAAAUUAAUGCCGGAUAAAAAGGAUUUUGGAUAUAGUUUUCCUUGUGACGGCCCAGGGCGCGGCGGUACUUGUGAUAUUUCUGCUUGGGACGCAUUUUAUUUGGCAGUUUUCUGGAUGUUAAAUACCAUUGGGUGGGUUACUUUUUAUUGGCAUUGGAAACAUAUCUCAUUUAAGUUGGGCUAGCCUCUUUCUAGGAUUCCAUACCUUGGGCCUUUAUGUUCAUAACGACGUCAUGCUUGCUUUUGGUACUCCAGAAAAGCAAAUCUUGAUCGAACCUAUAUUUGCCCAAUGGAUACAAUCUGCUCAUGGCAAGA